AUGGCUUUAGUGAGGUCAUAUCUCACGAUGUAUAUGUCGCAUCUGGUCAUUCUAUACUGCGACUUAAAGUACCACUACGACCAAAGGGAAAAAACGGAGCAGGCGGCCAAAAAAGUUUGUGCUGUUUAUGGACCCAAUACAGUAUCGAAUGCAACAGCAAAGCGGUGGUUCCAACGAUUCCGUUCUGGUAAUAUGGACGUCGAAGAUGAGACACGCUCUGGUAGGCCAAUCGUUGAAAAUGUUGAUAAAAUCAUGGAAAUCGUCGAGUCGAACCGGCAUGCGAGCACUUAUUCCAUUGCCCAGGAACUGAAGAUUAACCAGAAAACCCGUAACGAAAUCGACCCAUUUUUGAAGCGGUUGGUGACUGGCGAUGAAAAAUGGGUCACAUACGAGAACAACAGGCGAAAAAGAUCGUGGUCCAAGCACAGUCAGCCGGUCCAAACGAUUGCCAAGCCCGAAUUAACGGUCAAGAAGGUUUUACUGUGUGUUUGGUUGGAUUGGGAGGGAAUUAUCCACUAUGAGCUGCUCCCAUCGGGCCAAUCACUCAAUUCGGACCUACGCUGUCAACAACUGACCAGAUUGAAGCAGGCGAUCGACGAGAAGCGGCCAGAAUUGGCCAAUAGGAAGGGUGUUGUGUUCCAUCAAGAUAAUGCCAGGCCGCACACAUCUUUGACGACGCGCCAGAAGCUCCGAGAGCUUGGAUGGGAG